AUGACACCACCAAACCCGCUGCAUGGCGAGAAGCCCUUCGGCCGCAUGGGGCGUCCGGCGGAGAGGUCUACCCGUUUCCAGUUUUACUGUCGGGAUCGGUCACUCGAUUCUGAAGGAGACAGCAGCGUUGCAGAGGGCAGCUGUCCUGCUACAUUUGGGACUGGUUUGGGCCUGGUUCACGUACGUGGACUGGAGGGCAGAGCACUCUCUACUGGUGGAUCGAGAACCGAAAAUUCUUAUUCUCCAGCAAACAGCCCGGAGCGACGACAAGCUGCGCACGGGGCAACUGCAACAUUCACAACGGAAACAUCAGACGGUGACACCAUUGAAACCGGUGGGGUGGCGCGGCCCUGUGGGAACGACGAGGAUUUGGACAGUGCUCUUUCGCUUUCUCGCUUGUCCACAAGAAUCAACGGCGUUCGGACUACACCAUGUAUUGACAAGAAUGACCGAAGCGAGUGCUUCAGCUUUGCUAGGGGCGAACGGAGAGAUAAUGAUCCUCUUUGUUCUCUCCUCCAGUCGCCGUCGCCGCUGGUCGCCGCACUUGAGGGAUGCAUAGGUGAAGCGGGUGAGUUUCCUGUAACUCCGGAUAGCGCCUCUGACUCACCGCCAACGAGUACUGAUGGGUUUGAAGGACUUCGUUUCGUCAAGCCACGCAUGUGCUCGAGUAAUCCGUUUUCUUCCUCUACUGAAGACUCCGCCUUAACUCCGGAGUUCGACAUCGAUAAGUUUCUUGCUAGAGCACAAAGCGUAGUCGACGGAAACGGAGAUGCUCCGCUUUCCCUGCACUCAGAGGUGUUUGUGGGCAGUUAUUUCAGAGAAGACAAGACGUCGGAUUUGGCAGUCGAACCAAAAAUAACGGGACAGCAGCAGACGAAUGAGAAAAACUUGAUUCGUUUGCAUCAAGACAUUUCUGUUCUGGAGGACAUGGUGGAGCAGACAGAUCGGAGAUUGAAAGGACUUGGAGAAAUUGCUCUAAAAACUGAAUUUUCAGUCUUCCCGCUUUCAGUCGAGCAUUCGGUUGAACGAACGCCUCAAAAGGAUGCUGAGGAUUUUGAGAGCGUUACACGGCGUGUAGCCAAGUUCAGUCAAGCGGACUCGUCAGAAGCCGAUUCGUAUCCGGCUACCUCCCUACCCACUGACAAAUUCUCGCAAACCGAUUUCCUACCAUAUCCUUCGCGAAAACUGGAAUCGCGACAGGAAGUGGGAGAGGAAGUGGCAGGUGGGCGUCAAGACAAACGUGAUAUUGGAGGCGAUUCGACCAAAACCAGAAUGACACUGGCGAAUUUGAAAAGCCCCCGGAACUCCAAAAGAGAUAGAGACAGCUACCCGCGUGCCGCGUGGGCCUUCAAAGGUGUUGAGUCUGAGCGGCUUCGUCUCCCCGGUCCGGAUACCAGGAAAGGACCGGGGAUCUUCAGAGUAUUUCCGUAUACAGUUCCCGAUGGUUUGAGAGAGGUUCCUCACUGCAGCGACACAGCUCCCCGACUACCGGCAUACAGCACACGUCCUUUUGGCUGCGAAGAGAGAUCACGCGCAUCGCCACACGCAUGCGCAGAAUGCUGGUCAGAAACUUCUUCGGCAGCUUCUGGACUUCCUCCUGACGGCCACUGGCAAGCGCACGAGACGCCGCUGGGCGACGCCGAUGGGAUCCGGGAUCUUGAUAGAGACAACCCGUCUCGGCACUGCAGCUCAGAAAAAGCUUGGGUCCAGCCUAGAGGUGAGCGGGCUGCGCAUGAGGCAUGCCACCCCCUCAAGUGUCCGUUUUAUGCAGAUCCGUCAGCUCCGCAAAACACGGGGGAACCCUUGGCAGCCUUCCGCCACAGCCCUGUCGGAGUCUCCAGACCCUGGCAGAGGCCGGGAUGGGGACUGCGGUUUGAGCAGGACCCACGCUACGACGGGCGUGCCCGCUGCCGCCGUUGCGUGCCCAGAAUUUCUGGCACGGCUUUCCUCGGCCAGGAACCAGCGAACCAUACUUCCUCGGCCCGAUCAAACGCGGAGUCUGUCGCUGGGCUCAGAGUCUCCACUUGUUCCCCCUGGACAAGCGCCUGCGGCGACAGCACGUCCGAACGCAAGCGCUGUGUCCAGCAGUCGGAAGACUCUCCCACCGUGAACAGUCAUCGAGAAUCGACUCAGGCUGCUGGCCAGGCAAAUCCCAGGACCCCCCCGCAUUGUGGGCAACGUGAAAAACACGACGUCUCCAGUCAAGUCUCGCCGUCAAGCAGGGAAGUGAUGGCCGCGGGCGCACCAAGCUGCAGCAGGGACGAUCCCCUCGUUAAACUGCGUGAGAGCGCUUGCUCGCCGAUACCGAGUGUCCCGCCGGUGCUCGUGGAUCAAAAGAGGGAGCCGCUGAACAGGCCGUCGACUUUGUGUCGAUCUCCUGCAGAAAAAGACAGUCUACUUCAGCACACUGCUGAUUCGGCCUUCGGGCCCAGCUGUUCCUUCCAGCAGUCCAAGAAUCCCCGGCGGUCGGCACGCGAUCUGCGCACAGUCCUGAACGGCACAGUCCUGAACGACGCUGCCACCGGAACUUCCCCAGUUUCCCGCGGACCUAUGGCCACAGGCGCCUCCCCCAGGCCUACAGAGCCUACGGAACACGACCGCCACGGCACCUUUUCUGUAGCAGGAAGCGCCACAGUCCCUCCGGCACAGCGGAUAACUCCGCAAGACGCCUUCGCUUCCUCCCACGUUGUCGACGUUCCACUUGACGUCCAGCAGAUCUUAUCCCGAGCCUCGGCCAUGGAACGGGAAAGGAUCCCUUCGAGUGCUCAUCGUGGAAACGGAGGAAACACCCCAGCUGCAGGGAGCCGGAUGGAGACAUCCGCCACUGAUGGGGUUCAGCGGCCAUUGGAAGCGCACUCGGCCUUAACUCCGACAACUCGAGAGGUUCUUGAAGCAGCCGCCACAUGUCAUCAAUCUGGUGAGAUGGGGCACGCUCUCACUAGGAAAUCAUUCACACGAGGCGAAUCUCCAGUAUGGCCAAGGACAGGAAAUGGGGGAAUCUCACGAGUCCCCGGAAAUUCGCCGCCCGAUGCUACGUUUUCCUUGCCCGAACCGCACGUAUCAGCAUGUCGAUGA